AUGUCGCGCCAUCACCCUGAUUUAGUAAUGUGCCGCAAACAACCAGGCAUAGCAAUUGGCCGUCUCUGCGAUAAAUGCGACGGUAAAUGUCCUGUCUGCGACUCCUACGUCCGACCCACAACCCUCGUCCGAAUCUGCGACGAAUGUUCCUUCGGCAACUAUCAAAAUAAAUGCAUCGUCUGUGGUGGCGAGGGUAUAUCCGAUGCCUUCUAUUGCUUUGAAUGUACACGUCUAGAGAAGGAUAGAGAUGGAUGUCCGAAGAUUAUCAACUUGGGAAGUUCGAGGACGGAUUUGUUUUACCAGAAGAAAAAUUUUCGAAAUCAUUAA